AUGGGUCAAUCUCAGUCGACGGGCUCUAAGGGUCAGGAUACCCAAGCACAACAGUCGGAGCAGAAGACAGAUUACUAUGAGCUUCUGGGGAUUACUAGGGGGGCAACCGAUGACGAAAUCAAAAAGGCGUACCGCAAAAAAGCGCUGGAGCUGCACCCUGACCGAAAUUACGGGAACGUCGAGGAGGCCACGAGGCUGUUCGCCGAGAUUCAAUCUGCAUACGAGGUCCUUGCAGACCCCCAGGAACGUGCAUGGUACGAUUCCCAUAGCGAGGUGUUCCUAGGAACGAAUGGAGCUUCCGAAGAUCAACAUUCUUACAAUAUUCGUGUGACAACUGCGGAGGAUGUUCUUAAGGUCUUCUCCAAAUUUAGCCCUCGCAUGGAGUUUUCAGACUCGCCAUCUGGAUUCUUUGGGGGGCUACAGGAGCAGUUUGUCCAGCUGGCACUGGAAGAGCGACUGGCCUGUCAGUGGGAAGAUCAGGAUAUGGUAGACUAUCCAGUCUUUGGAUCCCGUGAUGAUGACUUUGAGACGGUCGUACGACCCUUCUACGCGGCGUGGAGCGGGUUCUCUACUUGCAAGUCUUUCGCUUGGAAGGACGCUUAUCGGUUAUCUGAGGCCCCCGAUCGCCGGGUUCGAAGGAUGAUGGAGAAGGAGAACCGGCGCCUUCGAGAAGAAGGUAUUCGAGAGUUCAACGAUGCCGUCAGGUCUCUCGUGGCUUUUGUCAAGAAACGAGAUCCCCGAUACAAGGCCAAUGCUCAGAGUGAUGCUCAGCGCCAGGAGACUCUUCGGCAGUCCGUAGCGGCUCAGGCAGCCAGGUCACGGGCGCAAAAUCAAGCCAAGAUGGCGGAUUAUGUCCUUCCGGAGUGGGCACGAUCUGAGGAGCAGAGGGUUGAUGAAGACGAAGAAAGUUCAGAGAGUGAGAUUGAGAGCUUUGAAUGUGUUGCAUGCAACAAGCAGUUCAAAAGUCAAAAGCAGUUUGAAGCCCAUGAACGAAGCAAAAAGCAUCUCAAGGCUGUCAAACAACUAUGUCGGGAUAUGCGGAUGGAGAACGUCGAGCUGGAUUUAGAGCCUACCAAUUUCCCCGACCCAGUCUCCACAUCCUUUGAUGCUCUUAGCGAUAAAGACAACGACAAUCAUCUUGCAGAUUCUACCACCACAAUACACCCGCAGGAGCCUCUCCGGGAGACAAUAGACUCUGAUUCCAAGGAUCAACUCUCCGAGGAAGACUCGCCCGCCUCGGAUGACCAAGAUAAAAAGCCAUCACCCCAGGACUCUCGACCCAGGAGAGACUCCUUUGAUUCUGUUGACGAAGACUACGCUUCCAGGGAGUCUGUCGAGACCAGACUUCGCUCAGAUCUCGAUUCCAGUCUCAGCGAUGAUCCCAUCACUCCUCUUACUGAGCAAUUGUCAUCUGCUGACCUUGGUGACGAAUCUCCCGUUCCUCCUCAGGUUGGAAAGGCGAAGCAGAGACGAGCCAAAAAGGCAACUCGUAAUUCCGAACAGUCCACGGGGAUUUCGUGCACAAACUGCCAGGCUACCUUCACGUCGAAGACAAAGUUGUUCGCCCAUCUUAAAGAUAACCCAGGUCAUGCACAACUACUCAAGUCCACUACCAAGAGCAAGAAGCGAUGA